AUGCGUGGCAUUGAGAUUCGGAAAUAUGUCAAGAGCCCUGAAGAGCUCCAAGUCACGGACCUCCCGGAUCCCGUCCCCAAAGACGACGAGUAUGUCAUUGAAGUGCACGCCGCCGCCGCCAACUUCUUUGAUAUUCUCCAGGUUCAAGGCCGCUAUCAGAACCAGCCUCCCUUCCCAUGGGUAGCCGGCGCCGAGUUCGCCGGCAUCGUCCUCUCCGUCCCGCGCCGGUCCCGAUCCCGUCCGCGCUUCGCCGUCGGCGCCCGCGUCUUUGGCGCCGCGCAGGGCGCCUUCGCGACGAAGCUGUGCGUGCGCGAGGUCGCCCUGCUGCCCGUGCCCGAGGGCUGGUCGUUCCGCGACGCGGCGGGCCUGUUCGUCACGGCGCCGACGAGCUACGGCGCGCUGGUGGUGAGGGCUGGCAUCAAGGCCGGUGAUGUCGUGCUUGUGCAUGCCGCGGCGGGAGGCGUUGGGCUGGCGGCUGUGCAGGUCGCAAAGGCCUUUGGCGCAACCGUCAUAGCAACAGCUUCCACCCCCCGCAAACUCGACAUCGCCCGCUCCUUCGGCGCCGACCACGCCCUCUCCUACGCCGACCCGGACUGGCCCUCCAAAGUCAAGGCCCUGACCCCGCGCGCCCGCGGCGUCGACAUCGUCUUUGACCCCGUCGGCCUCGUCGACAAGUCCACAAAGUGCAUCGCCUGGAACGGCCGCAUCCUCGUCGUCGGCUUCGCCGCCGGCGCCAUCGAAAAGGUCGCCAUGAACAAGGUCCUGCUCAAGAACAUUUCGCUUGUGGGCAUCCACUGGGGCGCCUACUCCGUCCAUGAGAGGGAGACCAUUCCCAGGGUCUGGGAGGGCAUCAUGAGGCUUGUGAGGGAGGGCAAGAUUAGGGGCACCGAGUAUACGGAUGAGGAGUUUGUCGGGCUCGAUAGGGUCAAGGAUGCGCUUUUGGCGUUGGGCGGCAGGGGCACUUGGGGCAAGGUUGUCAUCAAGAUUCCUCAGGAGGGCAGCAGUCGGCUGUAA